UCCUCUGCACGACGAUUCGAAGUUGGAAUCAUUCCUGAAUGUGUCGAGAAUUCCCGCCUAUGCAGACCCUGUUUGUAAUUUCCUAAAGCGAAGUAAAGUGUAGACGAACGGACUCCGUUGUUUUGUGAUUUGUAUCCUUGAGAAACUGUCAAGAGCGGAGAGAGUCGGGGAGACGGUGACACUUGUUCCCAAGUUUCCGUUCCAGCAUGACAACUCUGUGGAAAGUGCUUUUCAACUACCGCAUCCUUUACUUGGGGUGCAGCCGGUGCAAUUGAUAAAGGUACUCCGCAUUUGCUGAGGAAGCAUCUGUAGUUCCUGUCGAUCUCAGAAUAUGGCGUGCUGCACAGCGGUGUGUCUUCUCAUUACAUUGUUUUCUUGGGGGUUGGGAAACGCGUCUUCAUGUGUUUAGAGGGAACCCCCCCCCCAGCAAUCAACUAGCGAGUGGCACAUACCCAAGCGAUCGAUCCGAACACGGGACCGCGUCUGCUUCUUAGCAAAGACGGCCCACCAUGCCUGUUACAAGUACCAAUCUGUCGGCCACGUUUAUGAAGCUGUCGGGGCGUCUCCAUAUGAACUGCCACAUUUCUGGCACCCCGAAUGUCGCCAACGAGUCUCACCGACCUCCCGCCGCUCAGGGAAAGAUAGCUUAUCUCCCUUAUGGACGAAAGUAUGAAGAUUUUACUCUGAUUUUGCCUGGCACAUGUUUCGUCGUUAAGCAGAAAGUGGAUUGGACAUGCUCUUCGUUGCCUCGGAUGAACACAGUUCGCGGUCCACAGACAGCCUGAAAUCGUUCGACUAUUUGCUCCUGCUCCUCCCCACCACGCGUCUCCCAACUUGCGCCCUGCUCGUCUGGUGUUUUCGAGUUCCUGUUCCCACCACCGCAAAACUUUUUCCCAUCUACAGAACUCUGUGCUUACUCGUCGCCUCACGGUUCACUCUGUGUCUGAGCCCCCCCCUUUAGCUGGC